AUGGCACCAAUGGCGACUACAGAUAGCCCAGUUAAUGGCGCUCAGCCCACACCAAGUAACAUCAACAUCGCUAAAGCCAACGGAUACCAUGCGGACGCCAACGGGACCCCGAAUGGCAUCAACAGCUCCAGCGGCUCCAACAGCUCCUCUUCUAGACUAAGCAGCUUCUCGCCUAAUUCCACAGGCUCGCGCCCAACAUCCUCCUCCUCUCGCUCAUAUCGAGAGGAGCCCCCUUCAAACGGCAUAAGAUACAGCAAGUCUCACCGUAUCCCGACGUUUGGUAUCCAUGAGGAAGACAACGCCCCAAGGUCACGGGGCUACGCCAACAUUCGCACAUAUAACGAUGAGGCCCGCAGGCAAUAUCCUCGCAUAUCGAAGCCCGUGGAACUGAUGCGCAAUAGCUAUGACUGUGUAGUUAUCGGCUCAGGAUAUGGUGGUGCCGUUGCCGCAUCACGCAUAGCGCGGACAAAAGAUGCCAACGGCAAGCGCCAAUCUGUUUGUGUAUUGGAACGGGGUCAGGAGAAGUGGCCAGGUGAAUACCCCAGUGGCGUCCUCGAUGCUUUUGAUCAGGUUCACGUGUCCGGCGAGUUUGCCCCUGGCUGGCUUCCCAGCACGACGAUCGAGAGGGGUGACCCAACCGGCAUGUACCACUUGAUUUUCGGAAAGGGGUUGAACGCCAUUGUUGGUAACGGUUUGGGUGGAACUAGCUUGAUGAACGCCAAUGUUUUCUUGGAAGCAGACAGAGGAACUCUGUCCAUGCCCAUCUGGCCCAAGGCAAUCAGAGAUGACCCAGGUUGUCUAGAUAAGUAUUACCAGAUGGCCAGAGAUGUCCUGGAGCCGACCGAGUACCCAGAUGACUGGCCCGAACUUCCCAAAGUCAACCUCCUGAAAAAACAGGCGGCCGCUCUCGGGCUCUCGAGCAAGUUCAAAAUGGUCCCGCAGACAACCAGAUUCCGCAACGGCCCAAACAGCACCGGCGUCGAGAUGUGUCCCUCGGCACUGACCGGCCAAGACUGCACCGGCGUCAAUGACGGCUCCAAGACAACCACCUUGGUGACUUAUUUAGCUGACGCCUGGAAUUGGGGUGCCGAGAUGUUCUGCGAGUGUGAAGUCCGAUAUAUCAAGAAGGCCGAACCGCACAUCGGAGGAUAUAUCAUCUUUUUCGCCUGGCACGGCCGCAAUAGAGGGCACUUCAAGGCGAACCUCCAUGGUGACUUGAUGUGGGUUCAUGCCAAAGAGUGUGUAUUCUUGGGCGCAGGUGCAAUUGGUACCACGGAAAUUCUUUUAAGAAGUAGGGAGAUGGGCUUGUCCAUGAGCCCUCGUGUUGGCGAAAACAUGAGCGGCAACGGUGACAUGCUCGGUUGUGGCUACAACAUGGACGAAGAGGCCAACUCUAUCGGAAAGCCAUUUCCGAACCCAUAUAACCCAGUCGGUCCAACAAUUAAUGCCAUCAUCGACGAUCGCGAGGGCCAUGAGAACCCCCUCGACGGAUACGUCAUUCAGGAAGGCGCCAUUCCCCGUUCUCUCACACCAUUCCUCCAGACUCUUUUGGAGAUGAUGCCUGGUAGUGUCGAGUGUACAGGCGAGUCCUUCACUGAAAAGGUGCGCUCCAACUUCGCCAGGUAUCGAAGCCAUAUUUUCGGCGCCUACCGCCAAGGUGGUUCCAUGGACAACACACAAGUCUACCUCGUCAUGUCUCAUGACAGCAGCCAGGCCAUGCUCACACUCAAGGAUGACAAGCCAGUUCUUGAGUUCCUCGGCGUUGGACGUAGUGACCACGUAAGAAAAUUGAACGAUUUGCUGGCUAAAGCAACCCAGGCUAUGGGUGGCACCUUUGUUAAUAACCCCUUCCACGCCUUGAUGGGCGGCCAGCAGGUUACCGUCCAUCCUAUCGGUGGAGCAUGCAUGGCUCGCGAUGACACCGGCGCCACCGGUGUUACGAACAACGUUGGCGAGGUGUUUACCGGAGAUGAGGACGAAACCCACCCCGGGCUGAUUGUCACAGAUGCUGCCGUGAUUCCGGGUGCCAUUGGUGUCAAUCCCUUCGCCACCAUCACGGCGCUUGCUGAGCGUGCUGUUGAUGCAUAUAUCCACAGGAGAGAACUCAAGAUCCAUCCUAACAAGAACGGUAUCCUUGACCUCUUUGGUGAACCCCAGUUCGCACCCAAGGAGGAGCGCAAUACGCAAGAGCUAAAGCACGAGUGUGACAAAAUCUAUGAGGUCAAGUCCUUAAUUCACCAGGCCAACCGUUCAAAGGCUGGCGGCUUCGGCUUCACCGAAGUCAUGUCAGGAUUUGUUCACCGCGAUGACGGGCUAGUCACCGACAAACGGGCCACGUACGAGCUGGCAUACCGGACAGCCAAGAGCCUCUGCGAAAGUGCCAGAUUCUUCCUCAGUGUGCAAGCCUUCAACACCAAGUCUAUGAUCAGGGAGCCUGACCACUCCGCUAUGCUGACAGGCACUUUCGUGUGCCCUGCCAUCCGCGGGUCUCCUUUUAUGGUCCACCGAGGUGAUUUCAACCUUUUUAUCCUCGAUCAGAAGGCCCCAGGAACGCGAAACAUGACGUAUGACUUUGACUUGCGCGGUGUCAAUGGCGAAAAGUAUCACUUCCAUGGAUACAAGGUUGUCGACUCUUCAGUUGCUCUGGCACCUUUCCAGUUCUGGAAGGCGACCAGCACGCUCUACGUGACUAUCUCGGAGCCCAGCCGAGACUUGGAGGUCGCCGAGGACUGCACCGAGCCAUGGCGCCUCGGAAAGGUGGUCGCCAAGGGCAUCAUGCACAUUCAGCCAGCAGACUUUGUCUCCCAAAUCAUGACCAUGACGCCAACUGGAAGCAGUCUCGUCCGGAAAGUCUACAGCGCGGCGAGCUUCUUGACGUAUUUCACUCGCAAGUCGCUCUCCCUAUUUCUAGCACCCUUUACUCCCCUGCAAUAUCCAAGCGUCAACUACAACGGAUACGUUAAUGACACGCCUCCAACGGCAUCGUUCGUUAUCGUUGCCCGAGACAAUGUCAAAACGCGGAUGCACAUGUGGGAGCCCACCAACACUGAUAUCGAGCCCAAGAACAUCUUCUUGAUUCCCGGAGCCGCAGUGGAUCAUCAGAUCUAUGCCCUACCGACGAUCAAAUACAACGCGGUCAACUACCUGACCCGCGCAGGUUAUCGCGUAUUCAUCACGGUGCAUCGCAUCGGCCAGCUCAUGGUCGCACAGAACAACUGGACAACAUACGACGCCCGACUGGACCUCCAGGCCUGCAUCGAGUACAUCCGCGACAACUACGCUGAGGGCAACUCCAGAGACAACAAAAUCUACACCAUUGCCCAUUGCAUGGGCAGUGUAGCUUUCGCCUGUGGUCUUCUCGACGGCACGAUCCCAGGAAGCUGGAUCCACGGCAUCACUUGCAGCCAAGUGUUCAUGAAUCCUAUCUGGAGCACCCUCAACAUGGCCAAGGUCAUGGCGGGACCUAUUCCCCUUGACAAGAUGUACAAGAUGGUUCUCGGAAACUGGUUCUCCUGCAGCACAGCCAAGGAUGACAGCAUCCUCCAGCGAGCCCUCAACGAGCUUCUCCGCCUCUAUCCCGAUGAGCGCAAGGAGAUCUGCAACAACGCCUGCUGUCACCGCUGCACCCUCGUCUUCGGCAGAUGCUGGAAUCACGCCAACCUGAACGAGGCGACACACAGGCAAAUCGACCGCUUCUUCGGCGGUGUCAACAUGACGCAGCUGCAGCUCCUCAUGAAGCAGGGUUACGACGGGCACGUCAUGACCAACGGCCCGCUGUUCCAGCCCCUCACGACGCCGCAGAACAUUCGUAGGCUGAGGGGCAUUCCAAUUAUGCUCUUCGCCGGCCGCGACAACGCCGUGCUGACGCCGGAGGCGACGGAGAGAACGUACGAGAUCCUCUGCGACACGUUCGGAUCCAGCGGCGGGGAGCGCGACGGCGGAGGCCAGGGUGGCAUCCAGUACCGCCGCCGCGUUGUACCGGGCUACGGACACUUGGACUGCUGGAUGGGUCGCAACGCGUGGAAGGACGUGUAUCCGUUCGUCCGCGAGGAGGUGGACCGCGUGGUGCGCGGCGAGGAUUACCACUUCAUUGACCCGGAUGACAAGUUCUCAAGAAUGGUUGAGAGCGGCGAGCUGCUCUACUAA